AUGGUGUCGGUGGCAGGUGGCAUCAUCAUUGCCAUUGUCGUACUCGCCCUGGUGGCAGCAGUGGGAUGGAUCGCCUUUACGCAGUAUCGCGCACGCAGACUUGGCCUCCCCGCGCCGAGCGUCUCGUCAUAUCUGCCCUGGAAGAAGCGCGAUAACCCUUACGGUCCGCCGCAGCCGGCGACGGGCGGCGUCGUCGGUUGGUUCAACGACCAGGUCCGCAAGUUCAAGAACCGAAACAAUCGCUCCGCCGCUGGCUCGUACGAGCCGUCCAACCGCGGCGCGACCGGUGGCCCGCGCGGCGCGCACCGCGCCCUCGACCCCGAUGAGGCCUGGGACACAAACGUCGGCACCGAGGCUGACAACUACGGCUACUACGAGGAGGAGCUAACGGCCCGCGGCGGCGGUCGCGGCCGCACCAGCACCGAGUACCACGGCGGCAGCGGCUACAACAUGAACCUGGCCGCGACGCCCGGCCGUGAGCACGACGAGCAGGAUCUGGACCUCGAGAGGGGCCGCCAGCCCUCGCGGAGUCCCGUCGGCGCCGGCGCCCAUAACCACAAUCCCUUUGACGACGAGCAUGCGGACAGCUUGCGCGGCUCGAGGUUUGUCUGUUAUGACGCGUUUGUUUCUAUUUGCAGCCUGGAUCUGGGACUUUUUUAA